CACAGGUGGCCACUGGCGGAUUAGCUCCAAAGAAGCCCCAGAGCGGGGCUCCUCCACCCCUCAGUGAUCCCCCCCCACCACAGCAACCUCGUGCUUCCUGGGGAUCCAGACUCCUAUUUACUUGGGAACCCAAUAACAAGCCCAACGCAUCAAAAACGAAGCCAAUCCGGACCUGGUGUUCAUCGAGUCCCACAUCCAUCUUUCCACCGUUUUUUUGUCGUCGUCGCUUCUCUUCGACUUCUCUACGCAGGAGCUUCCCCGAAUCCACCGCCGAUCUUCGCUCCAAAGCUUAGCUCUCUUUCUUUCUCUAGCAACCGCUCGUUAGCAAACAAGACCUCACCAUGGCCGACGAGAUCUCCCCUGAGUACGAUGUUAUUGUGUUGGGCACGGGGUUGACCGAGUGCAUCCUGUCGGGUGUGCUGAGUGUCAAGGGGAAGAAGGUCUUGCAUAUUGACCGCAACGACCACUACGGCGGUGAGGCAGCGUCGGUCAACCUCGAAGUGCUCUUUAAGAAGUAUGGCAACUUCGCCCAGGGCACCGAGCCCUGGAAGCAGUACGGCCGUCUGAACGACUGGAAUAUCGACCUGGUGCCCAAGUUCCUCAUGACGUCGGGCGAGCUCACCAACAUCCUCGUCUCGACCAACGUCACACGCUAUCUCGAGUUCAAGCAGGUCGCCGGCAGCUACGUCCAGCAGGGCGCUGGGUCCAAGGCCACCGUCGCUAAGGUGCCCUCCGACGCCGCCGAGGCCCUCCGUUCGCCCCUGAUGGGUAUCUUUGAGAAGCGUCGCAUGAAGAGCUUCAUCGAGUGGGUCGGCCAGUUCGACGCCAAGGACUCGGCCACGCACAAGGGCCUCGACAUGAGCACUUGCACAAUGAAGGAGGUUUAUGACAAGUUCGGCCUCGAGGCCACCACCAAGGACUUCGCCGGCCACGCCAUGGCCCUCUACCAGACCGACUCAUACCUCGAUGUUAAGGGUGCCGCCCCCGAGGCCAUCGAGCGCCUGCGCCUGUACGGCAACAGCGUGGCCCGCUACGGCAAGUCGCCCUACAUCUACCCGCUCUACGGCUUGGGCGAACUGCCCCAGGGCUUCGCCCGCCUCAGUGCCAUCUACGGCGGCACCUACAUGCUCAACACGAGCGUCGAGGAGUUGGUGUACGAGGGUGACAAGGCCGUCGGCAUCAAGGCCACCAUGCGUGGUGUCGACCCGGAGAUGAAGUUCGAGACCAAGGCCAAGACCAUUAUCGGUGACCCGAGCUACUUCUCCGACAAGGUUCGCGUCGUCGGCCACGUUCUGCGCGCCAUCUGCAUCCUUAAGCACCCCCUCGCCAGCACCAACGACAGCGACUCGUGCCAGAUUAUCAUCCCGCAGUCGCAGGUCGGCCGCAAGAACGACAUCUACAUCGCCUGCGUCUCAUCCGCACACAACGUCUGCCCCAAGGGCUACUGGAUCGCCAUUGUCUCCACCAUCGCCGAGACGACGGCCAACCACCACCUCGAGCUGGCGCCCGGCAUCGAGCGCCUCGGCCGCAUCGAGGAGCAGUUCAUGGGCCCGCCCAUCCCGCUCUACGAGCCCCUCGGCGACGGCUCCAAGGACAACCUCUUCAUCUCCAAGAGCUACGAUGCCAGCAGCCACUUCGAGACCACCACCGAUGAUGUCCAGGACAUCUACCGCCGCGUGGCCGGCGAGGAGCUCGUCGUGGAGGCGCUCCGGGAGGGGCUCCAGGUUGCUGCCGAGUAAGUGAGCGGAGCGCGAAAAAAAGGGGGAAGCCGGAGAAGGGGAUAUACUAGGCAUAAUAACAAUGAACAUAAGCGAGUGACCUCAUUUGGCGAUCCUUGUCUUAUUUGUAACAAGCAUGAGCGAAGUGACGCUGAGACGCG